CAAGAAGGCAAACCCGGACAAGGACCCGGACGUGCCGGCCCUGCUCAAGAAGGUUUGUGGACCCCUGCCCUAAUGACACUGCUGCAAGCCAAAAGAAGAGCUAACAACGGUAAAAAUGCUUCAGUAUUUCCCUCGAGAGCCCACUUAUCCCAUCGUUGCCAAGUCCGUCGCUGACAUUCGGGCCGCCAACACGAGUCAUAAAAAGCUCGGCGCCAUCGGCUUCUGCUGGGGCGCCCCAUCUGUCCUCUACCUCGGCUCGGAAAAUGCGCCCAAGGAGUCGCAGGUCGACGCCGUCGCCUUUGCCCACCCCUCUGUGAUCGAGGCAUCAGACUUUGAGCAGGUCAAGGUGCCUGGCCUGUACAUGUGCUGCGAGGUCGACAAACAGUUCCCAAAGGAGAAGCAGGAGGCCGCCAAGCUCGUCGCGGAAAAGAGUGCAGAGGAGCACGACGUCUUCUCCAAGUUUGUCUACUUCCCUAGGGUCACGCACGGCUGGUCCAUCAAGGGCGACAGCGAGAAUGCUUACACGGCCAAAGCCAUGAGACACGCGGCCGCAGAAGCCAUCUCCUUCUUCGGCCUCGAGCUCUCUACGAGUUCUUGACUAGCUUCUGUACCAGAUGCCCGCAUCUGACCUCCUUUGUCAUUUUGCAUUUGAUUUGCUUUCACUGAAUAUCAUGGUCUCGGCCACUUGAGAUUGAGGAGAAAGG